CCGAGCUCAGCCCGGGACUAUAAUUCAUGUUUAAUAUAAGGCGUUAUUUUCCACUACUUGUAUUCACAAUUAUCGUUUGUAAACAAUGUAAUGUGUGAGUUUUAAAUGGAGAAAUUGUAAUGGGAAUAACCAAAUAAUGGAGACAAUAACAAGGACAACCAUACCGGCCAGCGCCUACCCACGGUACAGAUACGCAGGGAAGUACGUCAAACCGUUUAUCAAAAGAUGUCAGAAACUACUACAAAAAUGUGGAAUUAGGGAUGACUUUAGUCUUCCUAAAUUUGAAAGUGUUAUACUAAAUAUACAGGCUCCACAAGAUACAAUUCUGAUCCACAAUGAGCAGUUAGUGGUUACAAAACCAGCAAUAAGUCAAGUCAGCAAGGAGUACCUUACAGUUGCCGAGUAUGUAGAGGAGGUUCUAGCGUCAUCCUCAGAUACGAGCGUUAAGGACCCGGUAAUUUUCAUUGCCAGUCAUACCAGCGCGAGGCGAGAGGGAAACAUCCCCGGUCAUUACCGGAAGUUCAUCGUUCUGAUUUCAGAAGAAGAAACCCCACAGCAGUUUUCAUGCGCAGAUAAUGAGUACAUUUGCGUGACAUCUCGAGCAAAGUUUUCCGAUACUAUUUCUUGUCUUCUUGAGCGAAUAGUUUUCAGAUUUUUGGAAGAAAGGUUGAAUGUGCUCAAUGUGUUUCGAAACAUCGGACAUGAUGUUGAAUUAGAAGCAGCAUCCAGUUGGUCAAAACAAAAAUACAUUUCUGCAUUGUACAACGCAGCUUCAGACCUUGGGAGAUUUCUGAAUCCUGAAAAAAGCCCCAUAGAAGAUGUUCCAGUGUCAGCCAAAAGUUUUUACAAACGAAGGAGCUCGAACAAACUUGAACUGGGUGAGCUGCAAAAGAACCAUUUUAACUGCGGUCGGCCAGAUAUGUCAGAAGAAGAGGUUUUUACAACACAUGUAGAACUAGCACGUGCAAACCUACAGAAGAUCAGAGAGACGAUAUCGGAGGGGGUAUCUAUGUACGGAAGAAGCAAGGUCCCUGAUUUGGAACGACCCCAGGUCGGCACGAAGCCACGACAGGUGACCGAUGAGAUGGCGAGGGCUGUGUUCGACAAUGUUCAUAAUGCAGUUGGAUGCGGAUACCGCCUGGGGUCAUUCAACAUCUUCGUUAAAGAAACGGAAAUUGAACAAUAUUCAGAAGAAACGAUCCAAGAUAUUCGUUCUGUCCUCAAACCCUACGGAAUCACUGACUUUAUCUUGAGAAGCGAUCCGAAGGAAGUUAUGAUGUUUUCUGGUUGCAAAGUUGGAAGUGCAAUAUCCGCAAUGGGCGUUGGGACGCUAGGCGGAUUUGCCCGGAAAGGUAACGAAACUUGUGCUCUUAUUGCUAAACAUGUUGCCGGAGAAGUCACUCACUUGUCCUUGAUUGAUGAAAGAAAUAAUGAUGAAAUAGUAAUUGGAACAAUACUCACCCCAAGCGUAGACACUCCUCUGGUCGAUUUACCUGUUGAUAUUGCAGCAGCAACUUUGAACAACGUUACAACAGACACGCUGUUUAAGAAUUCCGACAAAGAACCAAUGCAAAGUAGACUGUUUGAUUUUAUCAGUGGAGACAUUGACUUCCUAGAAGGGUUGCAUGUUUACAUAUGGGGUGCGAAGACUAAUCCAGGAUCAGGAAAAAUAACAAUGGCAGAAUUCAUUAGAAAUACCUUCACAAAGUGUAUCGCUAUUGAAGAUUUAGAUCCAGAUGAGGUUGAUGGCGAUGAAAAUCCACAACAUUUUGCAAAAGAAGGUGACAGUGGUUCUAUUGUGUGCGCUGAUGACAUGGACGGCCAAUGUGUGCAUGUGAUUUCAAUGUUAAUGGGUCUGAAGCUAAAUCGUGCAACAGAGAAAAGUAUCCCAAGACAAUACAUGUCCUUCUAUUUGCAACAAGGUCUGACACAAUUACAACAUGAACAUGGAGAACCAUUUCAACUAUGUUAAAAAUAUUUUAUUAAUUGAAUGAAUGUACAUUUGAAGGAAAAACUAUAUAACAGGUAUUUGUUGGUGUACAUACAUGAAGUAGUUUUGCUUUAAUUGCUAUUUGCUAUUCCUUUCAUUAUUUCAUAUACCUCCUACGUUUUCAUUUCGUUUGAUUAUGAUUGUAUUUUUUGUACACGUUCAUACAUUUGAUUUUCGAAUGCAUUAUACUCCAUUAAUUGCAUAACUUUGUUAAUAUAUUAUUAAUAAGACCUUGAGAUUUAGUAAGCACAUUAUUUAGAUAAAAGUUCAUAAAUAGAA